CCGCUGUCCCCUGCAGACGGGUGACGCCCUUCUGCGCAUGCUUGUGCGUCAGGAAGGAAGGAGUAGCCUCUCUCCAGCAUGGCGGCGACCAUAGACAACAGCAAUGCCAUACAGGCGGCCAAGAAAAAGCACCUCGGGAUCCCCGAAGCGGUGUUUGUGGAGGAUGUCGACUCAUUCAUGAAGCAACCCGGCAACGAGACGGCCGACGCAGCGCUGAGGAAGCUGGACGAACAAUACCAGAAAUAUAAAUACAUGGAGCUCAACCUGUCUCAGAAGAAACUCAGGUUGAAGAACCAGAUCCCACAAAUCACACAGACACUAGAAAUCCUUCGACACAUGCAGAAGAAAAAGGAAACCACAGAGCCCAUGGACACACACUUCCUAUUGGCUGACAGCGUUUACUGCAAGGCCCUAGUGCCGCCCACCAACAAAGUCUGCCUAUGGUUAGGGGCCAACGUCAUGUUAGAGUACGACAUCGACGAAGCCCAGGCUCUGCUAGAGAAGAACCUGUCCACGGCGUCUCGCAACCUCGAGACGCUCGAGGAGGAUCUGGACUUCCUGCGAGACCAGUUCACCACCACCGAAGUCAACAUGGCACGAGUCUACAACUGGGACGUGAAGAGAAGGAGCAGAGAAAACAUCAAAUCGGCCGAGAGCAAGUCUUAAUAUCAGCGAGUCCACUUCCCUUCCGCUAACAUCUGUCCUCGGGUCAAUAAAAGAAAAAAAAACAAACCCCGUCCCCCUAAAUCAUCAUCACAGUGUAUGUUCACCCCAGACUUCCACCACUACUGUUUUCUGUUGAUUUGUUACUUUUUAAAGUAUUUUUUCAAGUAAAAACUAACAAAAAAAGGCAAUUUUUUUGUAUUCUUUUUAAUGAUUUGUUGUUUUCUUUGGCAGAUUGUGAGUUGAGGGUUCUCUUGCAUUGUCUUUUUCCUCUCUGCAUUUUCUUUUUUUUUCUCCUCACCGACCUGAAACGUCUGUUUCUUGUCGGCCGCCGUUGACUUUCACAUGUUGGACUUUCAGUUGUUGUUAAGACACAGAAUCCGGCUCGUAGGGCGACGAUAACCUCAGCGGAAGACGGAACUAGUUCUGCCUUGUGGCUUCAGUUUUCAGAGGGAUCAUCCUGCUUCAAACCUGCUGCUCCUCCUCCGUCCUCAGACCUUCCACACUCCACCAUCUCCUCCUCUUCCUCCCCCUUCUUCUUGCCACCGUUCUGUCUGUAUUUAUUUGUCUCUCACUGUACUCAUUAAACAAUGAAUGAAGUAAAAGGAGAACAUUUGGGCAAAGAGA